UAUUAAUGAAUGUACAUAUGUGAAAAUGUGUGAAAAUGACAUAUAUCUGGUUGUCCUGAAAGGACAAAGCGAAUCUUAAAUUAUCUAAAGAUUUAAAAGAUGAUCGAGAAAAACGAUUCAAAAGCCAAGCUUUUUCCCUUUAACUGUCAGACCGAGCGAUGAGUAUACGUUGGCGCGCCCACGUUUAUUCGUACUACUCAGGCCGUAGCUACUCUUCGGUCUGUGCACAACGGUUAUUUCCACUGCCGGCGGCGAACGAUGCGACAGGUGCUAAGCCAUGCCAGAGGCGACGUGAUGCUGCAUCGAGGAUUUCGAAAUCCAACGAGAGAAGUCCGCGACGGAGUAUUUUCAAUCGUCUCUACGGUCGCUGGGUGAUAUUCCUCCGUCGUCCUGGGAACGGCACCGGACCGAUAGGUGAAGGCGAACGGAUAGGUGGGUCAGAGCAUAUUUCUGGCAGUCACGAGAUACGAUUUUACGGGCGGCGAGCGAGCGGUAACGAGCCUGUUGCGGAAGAAACGGGAACGAAAGGCAGAUAGAGAAAGAGAGGGAGAAGAGGAGCCAGAGACGAAGACAAAGGAUGCGAGUAAUAUUCCCAGGAACAAGGGGAGGAGGUGGCGGGAAGAUAUUCGAAGAGGAUAGACUCGCAUUGCUUUUGAUAGACUCGACAUUGCCGAGCGGCAGCCAAUUUUCGGGGAAAUUCCAUUAAUACCCGUGGCUUUGUCCCACUUCGAAUUGAUGAUUCGUCGUCGUUUUGCACGUUAUACAUUAAGACAAAUCGUUUUAUGAGGAAUAUAUUGUUGAUUCAUUCCGAGUCUUUCCGUACACGUGGUUCAUGACGAAUUUGAUAUCAAUUUUCCAGCACUCUUUGUAAUUUC